UUCUUGCCGUAUGGUCGUGGUUUUGGUUCAGUGAGUUAAAGGAUAUGUUCGGCAAACUCAGACCUAAAUCAACACGACACUUCGUUUCCUGGUUUUUGCGUAGCCUAAAGGUGCGAGAUCUAGACUCUGUACUCAGGUGUGGUGGAAAAGUUCUCUAAUCAAAGCCCGACCUGAUAGUUUCUGUUGAAAGCUAAACCCAGAAUUAGAAAUACAUCACCCAGAGAGUACGUGAACUGUGAAGCGAUACAAAGAUAUGAUUGAGACGUUCCAUUGAUUUCGGCAGUUUUUGUUCGACAAUAAUUCAAGCAAUUGCUGUCAGAUCAAGGAGUGAGAUGGAAAAUUUGAAUGCUGUCACGAAACGAAAACUGGGAUUUAUCGAUUCCGCCGGGAUUACAGAUGUUGGCGGAAAUCUUCUGCCCAUGACCCGCAUGCCGGAUGGCAGACUGUUUCCCCCGUUUGGGGCGGAGCACAUCAACAACAUCAGAAACACGAAGGUCAGGCCGGACGAUGUUUUUGUGUGCGGAUACCCCAAAACAGGCUGCCACUGGAUAUGGGAGACUAUCGCCAUGAUAAGGCAAGGCAAGGCCGACUACUCCACACAGGGUAAACUGUCAGGAUUUCUCGAGCUUGUCGCCCCUGAAGUUGUUGAAUCGCUUCCCUCCCCUCGCGUGUUGAACACACACGGACUGUUUAGUGACCUACCAGAUGAUAUCAAGACCUAUAAAUGUAAGAUAGUUUUCACCAUAAGGAACCCUAAAGACGUGGCCGUCUCCCACUAUUGUCACCACAUCAAGCUGGGCCAGGUCUUCGACUAUUACAAGGGAGAGUUCAAGGACUGGAUUCAACUAUGGCUUCAAGGGCAGGUUGAUUACGGUAGUUUUCUUGAUUUCCACAAGCAAUGGGACAAGGCGAUUGGGGAAAAUUCGGACCAUCCUAUUCUAAUUAUAAGUUUCGAGGAUAUGAAGCGCAAUCUUGAAGGGGUUGUUGGAACACUGGCAGCGUUUCUGGAGGUGAAGUUGACGAAUGAGACCAUCAAAGAAAUAGCAGACGCCGCAACGUUCGACAGCAUGAAGGAAAAUUACAAAGGAAAAGCUAGUGAACUCUUCAUUAGAAAAGGUGAAGUAGGUGACUGGAAAAACUGGUUUACUGACGUCAUGAGUGAAGAGGUGGACAAGUGGAAACCUGAGCUGGACAAGACAAGGUUCACGUUCACAUACACGUAGAUGUGGCAUUGAAAUAGAACCAGAUACACUUAGAGGUGUCGUAGGCCAAAUGAUAUAUUAAAAUAGUAUCAAAAGCACAAGCACAUAAAUAAUGAUCAAAUGAUAGCAUCUUUAAAAAACGUUGCAGUUAAAUGUUUUCUAGAAAGUUCAUUUGGUUUGUGUUGAACCUGUAUAUACAAGUAAAAGCUUCGACAGAGUACCCGUGAAGGGUGUAUAGUUGUACUGGUCUGUGUGUAUAUAUAUAUCUAUGCAUGUGCGGGUUCAUAUACGUAAACUUCUCUCAGACUGCCUGUGUGUAGCUAACAUUGUGCCUAUGUAUCAGUGUAUUUCUAUCUCCUUGUUA